AUGGCAUACUCCAACCUCCAAAAGUCGCCUCCGCUCGACUUGUCGCAUCAUCUCUCGGCGGUGACCAAGAGACGCGAGAACAGUCUGGUGAAGAGCCUGUACAAGUACAUGAUUCGACCCAAUGUCGAUAAUAUGGCGGGUGGCUUGCCAAAUGCGUCAUACUUCCCCUACGAAACCCUCGAGGCCACGGUCGCCCACCCCCAGCGAUUCGCGGUGACCACACCCACAGAAAACGGAGACGCGCGGGCCACAGACCGCAUGGUCGUCCCCAAAGAAACCCCCCAGGCCAACACGCUCCACAAGAUCGAUGUCGCCACGGCCCUGCAGUAUGGCACCGCCGAGGGUCUGCCGGCGCUGGCCACGUUCGUGCGGGAGUUCGCCCGCGAGCACCUCCACCCCAAUGUCCCCUACGCGGGCGGGCCGGCGACCCUGCUCACGACGGGGGCGACCGAUGGCCUGUCCAAGGCCGUGGAGGCGUUCACCACCGCGUGGGACCCGCGGCGCGACUGGAUCAACCAGCGGGAGGGCGUGCUCUGCGAGGAGUUCGUCUUCAUGAACGCCAUCCAGACCUUCCAGCCCCGGGGCGUCAACGUCGCCACCGUCGCCAUCGACGCGGAGGGGAUGCUCGCGCACGGCAAGGGCGGGUUGGCGGAUGUGCUGGAGAACUGGGAUUUCAAGAAAGGUCGUCGCCCGCAUCUGAUGUACACCAUCACAAUCGGCCAAAAUCCCACGGGCGGGACUCUGUCGGUGGCCCGCCGGAAGGAGAUCUAUGCGCUGUGUCAGCGGUACGACAUCCUGAUCAUCGAAGACGACCCGUACUGGAACCUCCAGUACCCCUCCGCGGCGGCCACGGAGGCCCAGCACCGCGGCUCGCCCGCGGCGGUCCACCCAACCCCGCCCAACUACAACGCCCACGGCCGGUCCUCAGGUUACGCGUUCCUGGACUCGCUGGUUCCGUCGUAUCUGUCGGUGGACACGGACGGCCGCGUCGUGCGGCUGGACACCUUCUCCAAGACGAUCGCACCGGGGUGUCGGCUGGGCUGGAUCACCGCGCAGCCGGCCUUCAUCGAGCGGCUGACCCGCAUCACCGAGACGAGUACCCAGCAGCCGUCCGGGUUCGUGCAGGCCAUGGUGGCGGAGUUGAUCCUGGGUCAGCAGGCUGAUACUGACGGUAAGGGCGGUUCCUCAAAUCGCAGGGGCAAGGGCAAGGGCAGGGGCGAGCCGCGCGCCUGGCAGAUGGAUGGCUGGGUGCGGUGGCUGGAAGGGCUGCGCGCGAGCUACGAGCGGCGCAUGCGCGAUAUGUGCACGGUCCUGGAGGAGGGGAAGUACCUGGUCGACACGGACGGCGCAGAAGCAGCCGCGGAAGCAGGUGCCUGGGAGGUGCUGGAUAAGGUGCAGAUGUAUGACUUUCGGUGGCCCACCGGCGGCAUGUUCGUGUGGCUGAAGGUCAGCAUCGAGACGCAUCCCUUGCUGCAGAGGUACGGGGCCGAGCGCUUGAGCAAGGCGCUCUGGCUGCAGCUCAUGGAGAAACCGUACCUGUGUCUGAUGAGUCCCGGGGCGUUGUUCGCGCCCACCCCGGCGGCGGUCCUCCGCUCGCAGCAGUACUUCCGGCUGUGCUUCGCGGCGAUGCCCGCGGACGAGGUCGCCGGCAUUACUCGGCGGUUGGUGGACGGGUUCCGGGCGUUCUGGAAGAGGAAGGACCUGGAUGGAUUGGAGGAUGAGGAGGUCUCAUUCACGCUUUAUGCCCCACGAGAAGCAAAGCCCAACAGAAACGCUUCCCCUCAUCAAAUCUCUCUCCCCCUCACCACCUCCGAAAUCAAAUCCGCAGUCCCCUACCUAUCCUCUCCACACACCCCACCGAAGAUGCCACUCACGAACACCGACCUCGCCGAAGAAAUCGAAGCCAUCAACGCGAUCUACGACCCAGACACCAUCACAAUCUCCCGCACGGCCACCGCACCCUCCACCCUCGACCUGGGCAGCAGCAGCAGCAGCAGCAGCAGUAGCAGCAGCGAACCCAUCCCAACAACCCUCAAACUCCAAAUCCCGAACCACCCGCACCUCUCCUUCCUCCUCGGCUUCCCCGCAACCUACCCAGACACCCCCCCGCUCAUCCAAGGCACGGCCUCGACCGCCGCCCGCGGCGAAGGCAAACUCGCCGUCGACAUCCUCGCCUCCAUCCUCUCCCGAGUUUACACCGCCGGCUCGGUAUGUCUAUUCGAUCUGAUCUCCGAGGCGGAGACGGCGUUCACGGAGAUCGGCGUGGGCGGGCAGACCACCAGCACCACCACCACCAGCACCACCACUGCCACCAGCACCAGCGCCAGCGCCACGCAAGCGCACGAGAAGCCUCCCGCCACGGAAUCGACCACCACGCCCGCGACGACGCAACUGCACGAGACGUUCGGGCUCCCCGCCCCGCCGGAAUGGAUGCUCUCGGAGGUGAUCACGGAAAAGAAAUCCGUGUUCGUGGGGCGGGCGGCCCGCGUGACGAGUCUGGGCCAGGCGCGAGCGGUGCUGGAUUACCUGCUCGCGAGCGAGAAGAAGGUCGCGGCCGCGACGCAUAACAUUAGUGCGUGGAGGAUCAGGGAGAGGAAGAACCCCGGUGGGGCUGGUGGGGGUGCGGGGGAUGCUACGGGAGCAGGGGAUGUGUCGAUUGUGCAGGACUGUGAUGACGAUGGGGAGACGGCGGCUGGGGGCCGGCUGUUGCAUCUCAUGCAGUUGAUGGAUGUUUGGGAUGUGGUCGUGGUCGUGACGAGGUGGUAUGGGGGGGUGUUGUUGGGGCCGGAUCGGUUUAGGAUCAUCAAUGCGGCGGGGCGGGAUGCGUUGGUUAAGGGGGGUUUUGUGCGGGAGUCGUCCGCUGGGAAUGGGGAGGGGGGUAAGAAGAAGAAGGGGAAGAAAUGA